AUGUUUCAAACCUUCACUGGGUCUGAGUCAAUAACUCGUAAUUCCGGUCGAUGAUGAUAAAUACCAAGGCUUGUUUCUCAAAAACAACCCUUCUCCUCCUCCUCCUAGUACUCUUUCCGAGCACUACUCGCGGGGUAGAUGAGCGGUUCUCCAGUUCUUCUUCUUCAUUCAAAUGUGGGACGCUCAGUUCCAUUGGUUAUCCUUUUUGGAAGAAUGACCAACCUGAUUACUGUGGCCAUCCGGAUUUCCUACGUGAAGAUUGCAAACAAGAAGACAUCACUAUAACCAUACUCUUCCAGAAGUAUCAUGUCCUGUACAUCAAUCAGGACACCCAAAUUCUAAAAAUUGCAUGGAUGGAUUUCUCCAAAAGCAUCUGUCCGGGCAUAUUUCUUAACGCCUCCAUGGACUCCGGUCUCUUCAGUUACACCCUUAACGACGAAAACGCCACCAUAUUAUACGACUGUGCCGCGACAAGUGACCAUAAUAAGCAGUCCAAAGAUCAAUUCCGCUGCCCAGUUUAUAAAAUCCUCCGUGAUGCUUACUUUGUAUCUCCAAACGCAGGGUUGGGAAAUGAAGUUUUCAGGAGAGCAUGCAAUAUUAGUGUUGUGAUUCCUGUAAUGGAGAUGGCGGUCAAAAGGUUUGUGAAUCAUGGAUUGAGUGUUGGUGAAGUUGUAAAUCAAGGGUUUGAAGUUGAGUGGAAUGUGGAGGCAGAGCAUUGUAGGAGUUGCCUCAAGGCAGGUGGGAACUGUGGGUUUUGUUAAGGCAACUGCAUCUCCAGUUGUUACCCCACGUGAUCAGCAGUCAAUGAGACCAUGAUUUUAGGAUUCAUUCAAUCUGUAAUCUAUAUGUUUAUUAUACUGUAUCACAUAUUUAGUUUCCAUACCAGCUAGGAUUUUG